AUGGCGACGGAGUCGUCAAUUUCGGUGGUGGUGAGAGUACGGCCGUUUAAUGAAAAAGAAAAAACCAGAGGGGGAUUGUCUAGCCAAGAAGUUUCACCAGACGGGGUCACGCGGUGGUCUUUGCGACAGCCGCAUUGGGUGGGGACGGCCAAUCGCAAAAUUGUUGAUGUUGUGGACGAGCGGAUGCUGAUCUUUGAUCCUCAAAACCAGAACCCUUUGCCGAAUCAGCAGAAAGCGUAUAAUAGUCGAAUUCGCGAGCAGCGAUUUGUUUUCGACAAAGUCUUUGACCAGGACGCUUCUCAAGAGGAGGUAUAUUCGGCCACCGUUAGGCCCCUCCUUGAGACGGUGCUGGAUGGGUACAAUGCGAGCGUUUUCGCAUAUGGCGCUACCGGAUGCGGUAAAACACAUACAAUUAGUGGCACAACUGAUCAAAAGGGUCUAAUUGUGUUGGCAAUGGAGGAUUUGUUUGCGCGAAUUGAAAGUUUACGAGAUACAAAAGAUGUCGCGAUAUCGUUGUCUUACUUGGAAAUUUACAACGAGACUUUGCGCGAUCUUCUUUCUGAUAAUCAAGCUACUCUUGCAUUGCGCGAAGGUAGCGAUAAGCGUAUGCAUGUUUCAAAUCUCACCAGUUAUCGGCCUACGAGUGUAGCCCAAGUCAUGGAAUUAAUAUUCCGCGGCAACGAAAAGCGCACUAUAUCGCCAACAGAAGCCAAUGCGGUAUCUUCACGAUCCCAUGCUGUUCUGGAGAUUGUAGUUGAGCUGAGCGAUAAAUUGCAGGGACUUCAGGAACAAAAAACGUACUCUAGUCUCACCAUUAUUGAUCUUGCCGGCAGUGAAAGGGCAGCCUCCACGAAAAAUUCCGGUAAACGACUUGUUGAAGGUGCCAAUAUCAAUCGAUCGUUACUUGCCCUCGGUAAUUGCAUCAACGGGCUGUGUGACACUCGCCGCCGUAGUCACAUUCCUUACCGGGACUCAAAACUUACCCGACUUUUAAAGUUCUCAUUGGGCGGCAAUUGCAAAACAGUGAUGAUUGCAUGUGUGGCUCCGAGCUCGUCUCAUUACGAUGAGACAUUGAAUACACUCAAGUACGCAGACCGGGCAAAGAGCAUCAAGACAAAAGUGAGCAGAAACCUGUUGACAGUCGACCGGCAUGUCCAGUCGUAUUGUCGAAAGAUUUCUCAACAGCAGGAGGAUAUCGCUGCGCUGCGUAAUGAGCUUGCUCGGCUUAAAACUGGUGAGGGCACUACCCCUGAAGUCUUACAAGCUGUUCAGCGCCUGGAGCAGGCCAACCAACGGUUUGAAACCGCCCGAUCAGACUAUGCGUCUGAGUUGCAAUACCAAAAGAUGCUACACACAAGAUAUGAGCUUUUGCAUGAAUUAUGGCGCAAAUGUAGUUUGUACGCAAACGAGGAUUUUAUACAAUGGGCUACCCCACGGUUUGAGGCCAAAGCUGAGGAGAUUCGAGAGGAAAAUUCCUCGUUAGAUACCAAAAAAUACCAGGAUCCGCUUUUGAAAGUUGCUGAUCAAGAAAGACUACAAUUGCGGGGUGUCGGCACAGCUUUGUUUGACACGUCUUGUCGAUCUUUGCUAGCCGCCAAUGAAGCAGCAAUUGCGAAAAGCGCAGGCGAAGCGGUCCACGACCCAGCCGUGCAAGACUUUUUUCUUGAUUUGCUAGCCGAGUUCGGAAUUUUCCGCCAUCCAGUUACAAGCUCCCCCAUCGAGACGCCCAACAAACGCUCGCGCACAACUCUUGCCUCCCUUGGCCGCCUCCGCUCGUCCGGCAAAAGAUUAAGGCACGGUGAUAUACCUCCGCAAAGUCCACUAGAGCGAGAUAUUAGCAUGCAGGAUUUGCUGUCCCCGACUGGCAACCCUCCAAAUUAUUUAUCAAACCCAUAA